GUAGAUAGUAAAACCAGACAUGACACAAUCUUACGCUGCUACUGUGUUUAGUAGAUUGAAAUGGGGGAUCUUCCCCACAAGAAGAAUCGUUGAUGAAGAUGAAAAUGGGAAUUUCAUCUACCACAAACACGAAGUUGAUGACUCAAGUGAAUCGUUUGAAAAAUCAAGUGACAAGAACGUAGUGGAAAUCGAAGUCAAAGACUCUACUGUUUUGGAAUACCGUGAUGAAAAAGACCGUCCUUGGUGGAAAUUCUUUGAUGAAUAUGAAUACCGUGUGAACAAGGAAACUAAAUCAAAUAGAAAAUGGUAUCAUUGGUUUCACGAAGAUGAUACUCCUGAAGAACGUCGUGUUAUUCUCAAGAUUGAUUUGCUUUUAACUUUCUAUUCCUUGAUGGCAUACUGGGUUAAGUAUUUAGAUCAAACAAACCUUACUAAUGCUUAUGUCGGCGGAUUAAAAGAAGCCAUCAAUAUGCAAGGGAAUGAUUUUGUUAAUACUGGUGUGAUGUUUUCCGUGGGUAACAUCAUCUUUCAAAUCCCAUUCAUGUAUAUCUUAUAUGCUGUCCCAUUGAAUUAUGUCUUGCCUGCUUUAGAUCUUUGUUGGUCCAUUCUCACUGUGUGUUUGUACCGAGUGGAAAAUGUUGCUACCUUGAAAGCGCUUAGAUUCCUUAUUGGUGCAUUUGAAGCACCUUCAUAUCUUGCCUACCAUGCCUUAUUUGCCUCCUGGUUUAAGGGAAGUACUGCAGAAAUCUCCCGUAGAGCCGGAUUCUACUAUUUAGGUCAAUAUCUUGGUGUCUUAACCUCUGGUUUAUUAUCCGGAGCCAUUGCCAGAACUAUGGGUGGUGUUCACGGUCUUCAAUCUUGGCAAUGGAUUUUCAUCAUUGACGGGAUCAUUUCCGUUGUUGUUGGUUUUAUCGGGUUCUACAUGAUUCCAGGAACUCCCGAAGACUGUUACAGUAUCUUCCUUUCCGAUGACGACAUUAGAAUUGCUCGUAGAAGAAUGAUCAAGGAUCAAAAGGAUCACAAACCUCGUGAAAACGCAGUCAAGCACUUCUUUAAUGCCGAGAUCUGGAAGUCGAUCUUCACAUCAUGGCAUUUCUACGUGCUUUGUCUUUGGAAUAUUUUUUGUUGGAACAAUUCCAACGCCGGUUCAGGGUCGUACGCACUUUGGUUGAAAUCAUUGACUAACGCCGAUGGCAGUCCAAGGUUUGGUCCCGGCCAAUUGCAAGAUUAUACUGCAUUAACACCGGGGCUCGGACUUAUCUGGCUUAUCAUUACCUGUUCAUUUGCUGAUUUGUUCAAAUCGAGAUCAGGUGCUAUUUUGUUUUCCCAGGUGUUUAAUGUCAUUGGGAACGUCCUUCUUGCCGUGUGGCAUAUCCCCGAGGGUGCGAAAUGGUUUGCCUUUUGUUUACAAUAUUUCGGAUGGGCCAUGGCUCCGGUGCUUUAUUCAUGGCAGGGUGAUAUCUGUAGAAAGGACAUUCGAGAACGUCAAGUUGUGCUUGUUUCUAUGAACAUCUUAGCACAACAGUCUACUGCGUGGAUUUCUGUGUUGGUAUGGCCCACGGUUGAAGCACCACGUUUCUUGAAGGGUUUCUCUUUUACUGCUUCUAGUGCAGUUGCUUUGAGUGUGUGGACUAUCGUUGUCUUGUGGUUUUAUAAGCGGGAAGAAAGAGCCAAUGCUAGAGAAAAUGGGAUUGUUCUUUUUGAUUCCAGCAAAGGUGAUAUAGAGGAUGUUAAACAGUAGUGUAUAAAUGAAUUUAAUGUAUGAUAAACUAUCUAAACUCUUAAAGCGUCAACACUGUCAAAGAAGUAGAUUUGAUCUCUGACAACCUUUUCCUUGGCGUAUUUGACUAAAGGAAUACUGACGUCACCCUUAACGGCGAAACCAUGGACAACACCGGAGAACAAGUCUAAUUGAUAUCUAACACCCAACUUGAGCAAUUCGUCUUCAGUUUGACGUCUCAAUUCAGCUGGGAAGACUUGAUCGGUUUCAGCGGCAGAAAUCAAAAUUGGACGUUUGAUUUCUUUAACUUCGUCAAUAGCGACAAAUGAAGGAUGAGCCACAGCAGCAGCAUCCAAGUACUUACCUUCAGCCAAUUGUUGGAUGGCGUACUUAGCACCGAAACAGUGACCGAUACCAACCAAGAACUUUGGCUUCAAUUCCAGCUUGACCUUGGCUAAGAAUCCAUCGACAAUUGGAGAUGUAAUGUCGUUACCAUGAGCAGCUAACCAGGUUGGGAAAUCAGGAUUUGGUCCAAUAGGAUCGUUCUUCAAGAUAUCUGGAAUCAAAACCUUGUAACCGUUUCUAGAUAAUUCAUCAGCAAUUAAUUGAGUGUUCUUGAAACGAUGACCAUAGACAUCAGUGAGGAUAACGAUGUAACGAUCACCUUGACCAACGACAUAGGUGUCUAAACCACCAACUUCGUUGUAGACACCAGCUGGGGUACCUUCAUGGAGAGAGAAUUUAGCACAGCAUUCAGAUGGAGGAUUGGAAGCCAUUGUAGUGUU